AUGGCGACCAAUGUGCUGCUGCUUGUUUGGCUGUUUUUCGGCCUCUGCGCCACCCUACACCCUCGCUCAGAUUUAUACCCGCCGACAUCGCAUCCCAAGCGGUUUCCUCGCUGGCUGCCGGCGGCUUCCUUGACACAUUCUGUGGAGGACGUGAAGCUUCUGUUUGAGAUGCUGCUGUCUGGAAUGGAGAUCCGAGAGCCGCUCCACAUCCAUGAUGCUGAGCUGGCAUCCUUGCGGCGCGCACGCUCGUUGGGGAGCGUCUGCGACAACUUUGUUCCUAAAAGCCUCACUGAGGUGUCGCGUCUGUCUGCCCGGCUGGAUGGACUGCGCCGGCCUCUGAGCAUACCGGACUUUCAGAAGACCGUCUUGACACUGGUGCACGCCACUCAGACAGCAGCAGGUGCCGACGGGCACGAGAGCCGGGUGGCCUGGGCUGCGACCGUCGCUCGCCUCUUUACGGCCCUUCGGAAGGACCUCCAAAUUUAA